GCUUUUGCUUUUUACAGACAGAGAGAAAGAGAGAGAGAAAUCGAAGAGAAAUUGGAAAUGGAAAUUCGUGUUCGUACGAUGGAGGCCGAGAAGUGAGGACGAAAUAGAAAAUUAGCAGAGUGAAUUUCGCCGGGAUCGCACCCGGAGACACCGACUGAAUCAAUCGGCGCUUGGAUUUUGAAUUUCAUUUUGAAAUUGGUCAGUGAUCUUGGACUCCCAACUUCACAUUUCUUCAAUGGAAGGCGUAUCACCAGACCAGGAAUCAGUGGGUUCUGGGACAAAAAGGUCUAGUGUAUCGUCUGGAAGCAAGUCUAGAAAUCGGAAAGAGUUUUUUAACAGAUUUUCGGACAGUGAACUCUUCACGGCGAAACUUGAAGAUUGGUUUGAAGAAGUAUCAGAGAGUUCCAGAACCAAAAAGUCGGUUUUCGACGUUCCUUUUGAGUUGAUUGAUUUACAGAAGUUUGACUAUGCACUAGAGGGGAUUUCGUUUCAGCAGCUGAUUCGAAUGCCAAGUACUUUAUAUGCUUCUGCCUCUGAUGGCGUGGAAGCAACUUCUUAUCUUGCUGUUGAGGAUUUUCUUCAUGCAAGUGUGAAAGGUUUGUGGGAGGCAUUUUGGAGUCAAGAUCAGCCCAUGCCUUUUACUGUUGGUUGCUUAUACAGGAAUAAUUUAAAAUUUUACCAAGCUGAGAAGGCAAUUGCUACUGGAAAGCUUGAAGGUCUUUCAGCCGCUGGCGUUCUGCUGAAGAACGCUCGACAUCCCCAUGGGAAGUGGGACCAAAUUCUUACACUUGCUGUACUGAGUCCGGAUAUUGGAAAUCAUGCCAUGGAUCAUGAGAGCUAUCCUUCUCCGUCUGUUUUAGGUGAGGCUCUUUUUUAUGCUGUCCGCAUGCUAUUGUCAAGAAGCUUGAGCAAAUCGAACUAUUCACCGGGUUUGAACUCUGUCUUUGUUUUUCUUUUCAAUUCGUGGUAUGGAGGAGUUAUUAAAGUUGAAGGAGAUUUAAGUAGGUUGGAGUUUGAUCUGAAUAAUGUGUAUGAAUGUGCUGCUGAAUGGAUAAAACGAUAUGCUACAAUAUCGGUUUCUUCAAUUGAUAGGAUCUGGAACGAGCUUGGAAAUGCUAACUGGGGUGAUAUUGGGGCAUUGCAAAUACUUUUUGCUACCUUCCAUUGUAUUAUGCAAUUUGCCGGAGUUCCCAAGCACUCGAUUGAAGAUCUAGCUGCCGAUCAUAGUUCUCGUUUGCAAACUAGACGAGUAGAGAGGGAGUUGGGAGAUGUCAGAGUGAAUGGAAAUGGUUUGUUUAGGUUCCAGAAGAAAAGCGUUUCCCCUGAAAUUCUUGAAGUUCAGGAAGAUUCGAUCAAAGUUAAGUCCGAAGAGAUCGUAAAGUUGAAAGUAGGAUCGGUGCUGUGGUUGGAAGAUUCAAACUCGCAAAAAGGCUAUCAGAUUAAUGAACUCCUGACUUGGGGCGAGCUUCAAUUUUAUAUUGCUUCUCCGGUCGAAGAACCUGGAAAAAGUCUGUUUCUUUACGUUGGAUCUCGAAUUUCCCAGCUAGAAGCAUGGGAAGAUAUGAACUUGUGGUAUCAAGUGCAGAGGCAGACCAGGGUGCUAACUGUAAUGAAACAGAAAGGUCUAUCUAGCAAGUACCUACCUCAGUUAUGUGCAUCUGGGAGGAUCAUCCAUCCCGGUCAAUGUCAUAGACCGAGCUCGGGUGGCAACUGUGACCACCCUUGGUGUGGCACGCCCAUUCUUGUGACCAGCCCUGUUGGUGAAACCGUAGCUGACAUGGUAAAUGGUGGUAGAUUUAGUUCUGAAGAAGCAUUAAGAUGCUGCCAUGACUGCUUGUCUGCACUCUCAGCAGCUGCUUCAGCUGGAAUUCGACACGGUGACAUCAGGCCGGAGAACGUGAUUUGUGUGAGAUCUGGUGUGAGACAGCCUUACUUUGUUCUUAUUGGCUGGGGACAUGCGAUUCUCGAAGACAGGGACCGUCCUGCUUUGAAUCUUCACUUCUCGUCGACUUUUGCACUCCAAGAGGGGAAACUCUGCUCUGCCUCAGAUGCAGAGAGCCUAGUUUAUAUGCUCUAUUAUGCCUCUGGUGAUGCUUUUCCUGAUCUGGAUUCUGUUGAGGGUGCACUACUAUGGAGAGAGACCUCUUGGUCAAGGAGGUCGAUUCAGCAGAAGCUCGGCGACAUGUCGACAGUACUGAAAGCAUUUGCCGACUAUGUCGAUAGUCUAUGUGGAACACCAUAUCCUAUGGACUACGACAUCUGGUUAAGAAGGUUGAAGAGAAAUAUACACGACGAAGAUCCGGGGAAGGAAAUCGAUACGUCAGGCUAGGUCUCUUCUGUUAGCUAUAUGUUUAUAAAAUCGCUGCUACUCUUUUCACCGACGUCAUCUUUUCUCAACCGUAAGUACAUUUUUGGGUGAAGAAGACUGGAUGCUGCCGGUAAGGUAAGAGGGAACGUUUCGAUCAGCUUGACAUCUUUCGUUGUCUUCGAGCCUGGUAUAUCUUCUUUCAAGUGUGUUGAAUGGAUUCACAUCUAGGCAUGGUCACAAUAUAUAGUCAUACCUAACAAGAUUGAACUAGUCAUAACCUCCGUGACCGUUACUGUCGGUCGAUGCCGAGACAGCUGCAGUGACGGUAGUCGACACCGCUUUAGAACAUCGUGACCAAGCUAGGUAAAUAGAAUUUAGUGUUGAAUUUGGAGUGAAGGGUACAUUUGUAUAUGUGUGAGUUUUAGGCUGUGAUUUGGGGUUUGUUUGUGGUUAAGUUGAUUAAAGUGUAUUUAUAUGAUGAUUUGGGUAAAA